AUGGUGACUCCUCCCACUGUCGAGCAUGAGGACGAGGAGAUGCUCGUGCCCGCCCAGGAGGUGGCCGCUGCCGACACCGACGCAGCGCAGCCCAUGGAAGUGGUGGCACAGACUGAGGUGGUGAGCACGGCGGAGAGCCAUCCUGUGGAAGAUCCGCGAACAUCGCGGUUCACAUGGACAAUUGAGAACUUCACCAGGUUCAAUGGGAAGAAGCACUAUUCAGAGGUUUUUGUCGUUGGCGGAUUCAAAUGGCGUGUGCUGAUUUUCCCCAAGGGGAACAAUGUGGACCACUUCUCAAUGUACUUAGAUGUUGCUGACUCAGCCAACCUCCCGUCUGGUUGGAGCCGCUAUGCUCAGUUUAGUCUUGCUGUUGUAAACCAGAUCCAGCCAAAUACCCAACAUCAAUUUAAUGCUCGUGAGAGUGAUUGGGGUUUCACAUCUUUUAUGCCUUUGAGUGAGCUGUAUGAUGCAAGUAGAGGUUACCUCGCGAAUGAUACUGUUGUUGUGGAGGCUGAGGUUGCUGUCCGCAGAAUGGUUGACUAUUGGACAUAUGACUCAAAAAAGGAAACUGGUUAUGUGGGUCUGAAAAACCAAGGAGCUACCUGUUAUAUGAACUCCCUUCUACAAACACUAUACCAUAUACCGUACUUCAGGAAGGCUGUGUAUCAUAUGCCAACCACUGAAAAUGACAUGCCAUCAGGAAGUAUUCCCUUGGCGCUGCAGAGCCUUUUCUACAAGCUCCAGUACAGUGACAGUAGUGUAGCUACAAAAGAGCUGACCAAAUCUUUUGGAUGGGACACAUAUGAUUCUUUCAUGCAACAUGAUGUACAAGAGCUCAACAGAGUUCUCUCUGAGAAACUUGAGGACAAAAUGAAGGGCACUGUCGUAGAAGGAACGAUUGAGCAAUUAUUUGAAGGUCACCACAUCAAUUACAUUGAGUGUAUAAAUGUUGAGUAUAAAUCUAACCGCAAGGAGUCCUUUUAUGAUCUUCAACUUGACGUCAAAGGUUGUCGUGACAUUUAUUCAUCAUUUGAUAAAUAUGUUGAAGUUGAGCGUCUAGAGGGUGAUAACAAGUAUCAUGCAGAGAAUCAUGGUCUACAGGAUGCGAAGAAGGGAGUUCUUUUCCUUGAUUUCCCCCCUGUUUUGCAACUCCAGCUGAAGCGCUUUGAGUAUGAUUAUAUGAGAGAUACCAUGGUUAAGAUUAAUGAUCGCUACGAGUUCCCUCUGCAACUUGAUCUGGAUAGAGAUGGUGGCAAAUACCUUGCUCCAGAUGCAGAUCGAAGUACAAGAAACCUUUACACUCUUCACAGUGUUCUUGUUCAUAGCGGUGGGGUACAUGGCGGUCACUACUAUGCAUUCAUACGACCAACUCUAUCUGAGCAAUGGUAUAAAUUUGAUGAUGAGCGUGUAACAAAAGAAGAUGCUAAGAAGGCUCUUGAAGAGCAAUAUGGGGUAGCUCGAGAUGAGGAUUUGAAGGAACAAAUUGGAAAGGAUAUAUAUUUUGAUUUGGUGGACCAUGAAAAAGUCCGUAAUUUCCGUAUACAGAAACAAAUGCCUUUUAGUUCUUUCAAGGAGGAAGUUGCCAAGGAAUAUGGCAUCCCUGUGCAGUUUCAGCGCUUCUGGUUGUGGGCCAAGAGGCAAAACCAUACAUACCGCCCUAAUCAUCCAUUGACCCUUCAUGAGGAAACACAAUCUGUGGGGCAACUGAGGGAGGUAUCAAAUAAGGCACACAAUGCUGAGUUGAAGCUGUUUUUGGAAGUAGCACUUGGGCUGGAUUUGCGGCCGCUCCCUCCUCCUGAGAAGGGCAAGGAAGAUAUUCUUCUUUUCUUCAAACUCUACAACCCAGAAAAGGAAGAACUUUGUUUUAUGGGGAGGCUCUUCGUGAAGGCAUUGGGCAAACCUUCAGAAAUCCUGGCAAAACUAAACGAAAUGGCUGGAUUUUCCCCUGAUCAAGAAAUUGAGCUUUAUGAGGAAAUUAAGUUUGAGCCAAACGUGAUGUGUGAAAUUAUCGACAAGAAACUCACUUUUCGUUCUAGUCAGCUUGAAGAUGGGGACAUUCUCUGUUUCCAAAAAUCACCAGGAGCAGACUAUGAUGCACGAGUGCGAUAUCCAGAUGUUCCUUCAUUUUUGGAGUAUGUCCAUAAUAGGCAGGUUGUGCAUUUCCGGUCUUUGGAGAAACCAAAGGAUGAUGCUUUUUCUUUGGAAUUGUCAAAGCUUCAUACCUAUGAUGAUGUUGUUGAGAGAGUUGCUCGCCAACUUGAAUUGGACGAUCCAGCGAAAAUUCGGCUUACAUCCCACAAUUGCUACUCUCAGCAACCUAAACCACAACCUGUCAAAUAUCGAGGAGUGGAGCAUCUGUUGGACAUGCUCAUCCAUUACAAUCAGACGUCUGACAUCUUGUAUUAUGAAGUGUUGGAUAUACCACUGCCAGAAUUGCAGUUCCUGAAAACCCUAAAAGUCGCAUUCCACCAUCCUACGAAGGAUGAGGUUGUUAUUCAUAGUAUCAGGCUUCCAAAAAAUAGCACCAUUGCUGAUGUAAUAAAUGACCUGAAAACUAAGGUUGAACUGUCCAGUCCAAAUGCUGAACUACGUGUGCUAGAAGUUUUUUACCACAAGAUCUAUAAGAUCUUUCCACUACAAGAGAAGAUAGAGAAUAUAAACGAUCAAUAUUGGACACUACGUGCUGAGGAGAUUCCAGAAGAGGAGAAAAACAUAGGUCCAAAUGAUCGGCUAAUUCAUGUUUAUCACUUCACGAAAGAUAUUAAUCAGACUCAGCAAAUUCAGAACUUUGGAGACCCGUUCUUUCUGCUCAUUCAUGAAGGUGAGACUUUAGCAGAAGUCAAGAAGCGCAUACAGAGUAAACUUCAAGUCUCUGCCGAUGAAUUUUCCAAGUGGAAAUUUGCAUUUAUAUCGAUGAAUCGGCCAGACUACCUCCAGGAUUCAGAUGUUAUAUCUACUCGCUUUCAGAGGAGAGAGGUCUAUGGAGCUUGGGAGCAAUAUCUUGGGAUGGAGCACACUGAUACUGCACCAAAAAGGGCUUAUACAGUGAAUCAGGUUCUGUUAUUUAACCCUAACUUUCUUCCGGUGAUUUCAACUACCUGCAGAACCGUCACUCGUACGAAAAGCCGGUCAAAAUUUACAAUUGAAAUUUCUAACUGGUCUGGCAUCAUGGUGAAGUACUCCAUAUGA